ACAGACUAUAAAUUCUUGGAUGUAACCUAACAGUCUCUUAUUCUUACCUCAGAUCUGAAAUAUUAUAAAAAGUGAUUAUUCAGUUAAAAUUUAAAAUAUUUAUUUUACAUUAUGUGGAUUUUAAACAUCCUAACUAGUUGGCUUUCUGUAUCCCACAUUAUUCUUCUUUCAUUUUUCUCUAUUUGUUACUUUUAUUUUAAAUCUAAAAAUUCAAAAGCUUUCAGAUUUCCACCAGGGCCAACACCACUUCCAUUGAUAGGAAACCUUCACCAGCUGGCUAUAAAGAGACCAGACUUGACUUUAAUGAAGCUUUCAGAAAAGUAUGGUACAGUAUAUACCUUUCACAUGGGCAUGCAAAAGGUUGUUGUACUGACUGGUUAUGAUACAGUGAAGGAUGCUCUUAUAAACCAUGCAGAAGAGUUUGGGAACAGAGGGAAAGUGCCUAUUUUGAAAAUGUCAUCCAAAGAAAUUGGUAUCGUUUUUUCUAAUGGAGAAUCUUGGAAACAGAUGAGAAGAUUUACACUAUCUACUCUUAGAGACUUUGGAAUGGGGAAAAAGACACUUGAAUCUCGAAUUCUAGAUGAAACUGCAGCUCUGAUAAAGGUUUUUGAAUCUUUUAGAGGGCAGCCAUUUGAGAAUACCUUGAUUAUGAACUCUGCUUUGGCCAACAUAAUCUGUUCCAUAGUGUUUGGACAGAGGUUUGAAUAUGAUGAUGAGAAAUUCAUUCAACUUCUAAAACUUAUAAAUGAGAAUAUCAGAUUGGUAGUAUCUGUUUUUGUUCAACUUUAUAAUGCAUUCCCUUUCCUGGGAUUUCUUCCUGGUGUUCACAAGAAAGUAAUUAACAACAGAGCUAGUUUUAGAAAAGCAGUAGAAAAGCUUCUCAUGAAAUCUAAAUCUACUGUUAAUGCCAGUGAUAUAAGAAGUUACGCUGACGCAUUCCUUGUGAAACAACAAACUGAGACAGCUAAAAAUGAAGCCACAUAUUUCUAUGAUGAAAACCUCACUGAGUCAGCAUCAAAUUUGUUUAUAGCUGGGACAGAAACAACAUCUACAACACUCCGCUGGGGUUUUCUUCUGAUGGCAAAAUAUCCUGAGAUACAAAAAAAUGUACAGGAAGAGAUAAACAGCAUUAUUGGGCCUAUGAGACCUCCUACUGUUGAAGAUCGUAAAAAUAUGCCAUACUGUAAUGCAGUUAUCCAUGAAAUACAAAGAUAUGGCAAUGUUAUUCCCAUGAAUGUUCUUCAUGAAACAUCUGUAGAUACUCAUUUCCAUGGCUAUUUUCUUCCAAAGGAAAAAGAGCUUGUCUUGGAGAAAAUUUGGCCAAAAUGGAGCUUUUCCUGUUCUUUGUUGUAUUGCUACAGAAAUUUACCUUUCAUCCUCCACCUGGUGUUACUGAAAAGGAACUUGAUCUUGAGCCAAGACUUGGAGCAACACAUUCCCCAAAACCUUUACUACUGUGUGCAGUACCUCGUUAAUGUUGGAUAUUAAUUUAAAUUGAUUUAUUUUAUGAAUAAAAUUGCAAUAAAACUA